CAGGAAACAGGGGCCCGUCUUAUCAACGAUCGUACGAUUUUGGAAAUCUUAGCGUACGAUUUUGAUCUACGAUUGUCGUACGCUCGAUCGUAAGACUGUCUUAUCAACGCGGUCGUACGUUCAACCUAAAAUCUUACAAUUUUCAUAAGCGUACGAUUCUUACGCCUGCGCACUAACACGUACUCUUCAAAAAAGGAGGUAACGCGCAUUUUAAUGUCAAACUUGAAAGACGACGUCUGCUUUAAUUCUCAGAUGUCAAAGAACAUGGAAAAAGGUAAAAAAGUAAACUGGUCCGCUGAUGAGCGAGAUAUGCUCAUCAGCAAGUGUGAGGAUGCUUCUGUGGCGACAGGAAAGUUUUCCUCGUCACUCACACCCGCCGAUAAGGUCCGAUUUUGGGUCGAUGUGACUGAAAGUGUGAACAGUGUCAGUGCCUGUAGCCGGACAGUUGAACAGGUGAAAAAAAAAUGGGUUGACCUUAAAUCUCAGACAAAGAAAAAAAGCAUAAAACACUUGCAGGAAAUGAGGAAGACUGGUGGUGGACCUGCCCCAAUUCUUGAGCUGGACCACUGGGAGAGCAAGGUAUUACAGACAAUUCCCAGAUGCAGUGUGGAGGGAAUUGAAAAUGGAACGGAUACAUUUUAUGAAAAUAAUGACCCUACCAAUAACCAACACAUCCCAGAUCUUCCUGUUGGUACAAGUACAAGUGAUGAGAUUGAAUGGUCCACAAUAGAGGACAGUGAACCUUUACUCAAGAGGGCAAAAUAUGAUAAUGCUUCAGCAAGAAAGAGUGUACUAGAAGCAAACACAUCUAGAGAUGAAAGUCAUCGUGUUGAAGAACUAGUAAUACAGCAAACUGCUGUGAUGAGGGAUUUAGUUGCCCAAGUUUCAUCUUUAAAUGAAAAUAUGAAAACUUUAAAUGCAAAUUUUGAGAAAUUAGUAAACAAAUUAUCCUGUUAA